CGCCAGAGACGUACAACACGUACGACCUCAGUGCCACCACCGAGGCCUGUGAGGUCGAUGGCACCGCCUACCAGGUUGACCUGCACUUCAUUGACGAGGCGCUGCACGCCUACCUUGGGAUUCCAGCGAUCAAGGCCAGCGCCAUCAUGCUGGAUAGCCGCCGCAGGUUCAACAAGCUUGUGCUGACCCCCCUGCUGGACAUGUCUGACGGCACACUCGCCCUCACUGAUGCCACCCUCCGCGCGGGCCAAAAGCAUGUCUUCAUCACCAUCCGCGCCUUCCAUAAGAUUGAGGAUCCAAGCGAAGACAUGUGCGACGAUGGCAACGCUCCGGACAGCCC